UUAUGUCUGUCUUUCUGCGUGUCAGUGUAUCUGUCUGUCUUCCCGUCGGUCGAUCGGAGCACCGGGAGAAUCCUCCGUCGUCUGAUUGGCUGGAGAAGGAGCCGAGCUCUGUCAGCCCACCCACCGCUGAUUAUAGGGACUCCUCAAGUCAUUGUUUCUUUCCCUGCAUCGAGUCUAGUACUUGGCCCCGGGCUAAACUGCACACAGAGCGCACAGCAUGGCAGCUACGCACGGCGACUACCGAGGCUACCUGCGAAACACCGUCGACAUGGAGGCAGGGCAGCACCGCUUCCACCCGGUGCAGAGCUCGGAGCCGACUUACCGGCCGCUCCUAUUCGGCACCCUCGCGGUUAUGGGAUUGCUUCAGGUGGCGUCGAGCGUGGCCAUCUUAUUACACCUGACGGGUUACCUCCAAGAGGUAGACUUGUCCACAGCCCCACAUCGACCUAUAGAGGAAGUGCAAACAGAGCCGGUGCUUGACGCCCUGAAAGACCCGAGGAAAAAACGGUGCAAGACUCCAAAAGAGAGCCUGCCAUCUGCUCAUCUACCAAUCAGACAGCAUCAAGAAAAUGUUAAGAGGGGUGAGCAGAAGGCUAUCACGAUUGACUGGGACGAAGUGCACGGCCACUGCCACAAGAUGGGCUACCAUAAGGGGAAACUGCAGGUGAGGGAGUCAGGUUUCUACUACGUUUACGCCAAGAUCUGCUUCCGCUACUACGUGUACGUACCAGAGGACAGCAGCCAGGCCGGGGCCCAGCUGGUGGACGUGAGCAACGCCCAGCUCAUCCAGUACAUCUACCACGAGAGCAUCAAACAGAACAGCAAGGCUGUCACGCUGAUUAAGACAGGCAGCACUGUGCGCUGGGAGAACACAAACUACAACAUGUACUGCGCCCAGCAGGGCCGAGGGGUCCGGCUGGAGGAGGGCGAUGCGCUGUACGUCAACGUGUCCAACGCUUGGAUGCUGGACCUGGAGGGAGAAGGGACGUAUUUUGGGGCCGUAAAGUUGGGCAACUGAAAUUUGAACAUGAGGAGAGAGGACGUGCUACUGAACAUUUCAUAUGCCAAAGAACCACUGCGAGCACUUGUCAUUUUGUAAGAUUACUGAUUCUAUGAUGUUGAUUUGUUUUUUUAAAUGUAUGGUUAUUUUUUUUAAUUAUUAUAUAUGGUGUUUUUUAUACGUUGCUCUUCACCAAAUAGCCUUGGAGUGCUCAAAAAAAUGUGAUUGGUAGUCACUGAGGAAAUACGUUUAAAUAAUAAUAAUAAUAAUAAUAGUAAUAAUAAUAACUUCCAUGGGAGUCUUCGUAAAUCUUUAUUAACAUUAUCCGAAAGGGCACUGGAAGCUGUUUUUUUUUUUUUUUUUUGUAUUGCCUUUUAGUAUUUGAUAAAUUCAAUUUUACAGUUCAAAUUACAGAAUUAAUAACAUUCCAUGGAGCACUUGCUUUUUAAUUCAGUCACGUGUUUGAUUUUUUUUUUUUUUUUGUUAUUGCGCCAUCCAGCAUUGAUUUGUAUCAUGCUCAUAUGUUUGAUUGAACCAAUUUUUUCUGUUUUUAUCAAGCGGCAAAGACCCAUUAGUUCUACUUGGCCUUUCCACUGACAGCUUAGUAAAUGUUGUCAUUCUUUUGGCAGUGCAGCUGCGGCUCAGCAUGGUUUUGGCCCGCGGGUUGAGUCGAGUGGAUUUGAAAAAGUUUUAUUCAAGAAUAUACAGAGAAAUACAUGCUUAUAAAAAAACAUACAAGAUAGAGUUCUCCAUCAUGGGCCAUAUACAUGUGCAUUUGCACUAACUAAACAAACCGUAAGAGUAACCAAGGGAUGAAGACUAUUGGCAUGAAGUGCAGCGAGAAAGGAUUUAUCAUUGCUGACUCUUGGAAAUAAAACAAAACUGUUCUCAGCGGUGUAAUAUCGUAGAUAAUAAAGCAUCUGCUUAUACUUAACAGAUUAUCACAGGACAAUAAUAACACUCCCAGGCCUGGCUAUGACCCACAACAGUUAAUACGCAAAUGUUUUACCAAAAGGAUUUAUUGUAAAGUGUGAACAAGGCAGGAAAUGAGGCGUCACUGUGGCCCAUCGUAGCGAGCAUUUCAUGUGAGCCUAAUUUGUGAUCGGCGGUUAAUGUAAAUUUAAAUUAUUUUGCUUUUGCAGCAUCCAUACCUGUGUCAUGAAAGAUUCAUUCCAACUUUGACAUAAAAAAACAACCACUUAAAAAAAAAAAACAUGUUAACACAUAUUUCCCAGGUUCCAAAAAUGCAUUUUGUAUCUGUUUUCUUUUUUUGAAAUCAACGAAAUCCAACGAGAGGAGUGCUUCAGUGAGGGCAACGACACGCCGACGUCGUUUCAGACUGAGGAGGAAAUGACAUCGUUUGGUUGUGUUUCUGACGAUCAACAUAUACACGCAAGUGAACAAGCAACGCAGAUAGCUGGACUGUCUGACCACAGAUGACAUGAACAGACUCUUGUCUUCUUUAACUAGAGGAACCAAAUUGAGUUUGGUCCGUCUUUAACUUAACUUUUUUUUUUUUUUCAUUUGGCUCUUCAGUGAGGUAAAUGGGAAUAUGCACUAAGUAUUUAUUUAUUAGAUAUAGAAGUACAGAGACCGAUCACUGUUAAAGUGACCUGUCAGCUGUAAAAAAAAUCAUUUAUAUUUUAUGUCUGAAUGACAUUCAUUAUGCAGCACUUAGAUUAAAUACUAGACACGCUUUUUUGUUAUUAAAACACAGGGGCUUCAUUUUAAAUUCCAUAUUUAUGUAUCUUUGUCCUGACAAUUCUGUGUGCACUUGCCUUGCCAAAAGCAGAAUGAAUAUAUUGUUUUUCUUACAAGUUUCUUACAAGUGGCAUACCUGUAAGAUCUUCAUCUGUUAGAUUUUUUCAGUCUGUGUUUUUCUUUUUUUAAAAUUUUUAUUUAUGUCUGUGUAUGUUUUAAUAAAAAACAUUACUUUUGUAA